GCGAAAGGAGAAGGUGAUCAAUCUCCAUCCGUCUACAUUUAGCAAUCAGUGACUGACGCGAAGGAGCGCGCGACAAAACGCAAAUGACUUUUUGAUUGUAAAAUUUAAAACACGGAAAAUAAAGAGCAAACGGCGAUCAGUCAAAUCCAGGCGAGCACGAGCUUAAACCAGGGCGAAAAUCUGUUAAAGGAGAAGUUUUGAAGGUUGCUUUUUUGUUUGUUCGUGAGCCUGUUUUGCCUUCCUACUCUCUCUGAUGCUGUUUGGAUACUUACUUUUUUAUUUAGAAAAUUAUUUGCGAGCGUAUAUCUGUUAAAAGAAGAAGAGGAGCGUCAAUUAACUAAUAAAUAACAGUUCUAUAAUUUUGGCUCCGACCUCCGUCAAAGUGCAACAUCGGGGUAAAUCGACCUACUGGUCAGAUCUGGGGGGACCCGGGACUGCCUCUAGCAUGAUGUCUUACCUCAAACAGCCCCCAUACGCCAUGAACGGCCUGGGGCUGAGCGGGGCGGCCAUGGACCUGCUGCAUCCCUCCGUGGGCUAUCCAGCAGCAACGCCCAGAAAACAGCGGCGCGAGAGGACCACUUUCACGCGCUCCCAGCUGGACAUCCUGGAAGCGCUUUUCGCCAAAACGCGGUACCCGGAUAUAUUCAUGCGCGAGGAAGUGGCGUUAAAAAUCAACCUGCCCGAGUCCAGAGUGCAGGUAUGGUUUAAGAACCGCCGGGCCAAGUGCAGGCAGCAGCAGCAGAGCGGAGGGAGCAGCACCAAAGCUCGACCGGUCAAGAAGAAGUCCUCCCCCACUCGUGAGAGCACGGGCUCGGAGAGCAGCGGUCAGUUCACCCCUCCAGCAGUGUCCAGCACGGGCUCUUCAUCCUCCUCCUCCUCGUCCACCAACAACAACAACAACAACACGGGCAUCAGCAGCACGUCUACCUCCAUCAGCACCGUCUCCUCCAUUUGGAGCCCGGCCAUCUCACCAGGUUCUGCCCCUCCCUCCGCCUCGCUCGCCGACCCCAUGCCACCCUCCAACACCUCCUGCAUGCAGAGGUCAGUCUCCAGCACUGCCGGCUCCUCCUACCCCAUGUCCUACAAUCAGACGGCGGGCUACAGCCAAGGCUAUCCCACUCCGUCCAGCUCCUACUUCAGUGGGGUGGACUGCGGCUCCUACCUGACACCCAUGCACUCGCACCCGCACCACCCCCACCAGCUCAGCCCCAUGACGCCAUCGUCCAUGUCCACGCACCCCCACCACCACAUCAGCCAGUCUUCAGGUCACCACCACCAUCACCACCACCACCAGGCCUACAGUGGCGCCGGCCUGACCUUCAACUCCUCCGACUGCCUGGAUUACAAGGAGCAGACGGCGUCCUCCUGGAAGAUCAACUUCAACGCAACGGACUGUUUGGACUACAAAGACCAGGCAUCCUGGAGGUUCCAAGUCUUGUGAUCACCACCCUCUUGUUCUCGUUCUUCUUCUGGUGGUGUUCUUUAUUCUUCUUUUUUUUUUCCUUCACCUCCCCCCUUUCACUUCCCUUCCUUUAUGCUUUCCACCACUUCACUCAUCCCCCUCUCUGUUUUUAAUAGUGUGCGAAGUUUAUUAAAAAAGAUAAAUAUACAGACUUACAGAUUUAACAAAAUAGUUAGAUGUUCAUCAACAUUUUUCUAAAGAAAAAGACCAAGACCAAGAAAACGAAGAGCCCCUCGCCCAGCGUUCUUCGGAGAAGCAAACAAGAAGAUAAAACGGCGAAUCUGUGGACAAGAACUACAAACGAGUCCUCAGCAAAGAAGAUAUGGAAGAAGAUAAUGAAUUCUGGACGGUUUUAACAUGUUUUACCCAAACACCCUCCCAAAAGCUCUGGAUUAUUUUACCUUCCCCCAACAUUGCUGGACUCUUGAACCCUCAGCAACCGGUUUUACCCCAUCUAUCUCUCGUUCUCUAUCUCUCAAUCUUUCUCUCUCUCUCUCUCUUUCUCUCACACUCUUUCUCUAAGCCAGUGUACAGCCUCCUUUUCUUCUUCAGUCGCUCAUUUUUAGGUUGCGAGAGAUUUCUAGUCAGCUUCAACAGAGCUGAAUCUUGUACAUAUGUAUUGGGUCAGUUACAGUGACCGUAUUUAGUUGGUGUUGCUGGAUUUGAAAAAAAAAAUGGUUUAAUAAGACUUGGAGAUGACUUUAUGUAAAUCUUUUUUUUUUCCCACAAAAAAUAUUCCAAAGAUAAAAAAAAAUAAAUAAACAAAUUGGCCUCUGGACUUAAUUUGAUGCUGGUGAUGAUAAAUUAAUUUUAGUGGAGAAGAGUGGGGAAACACAAAACUUCCAAAUCAUAUUAGAGAAUCUGGGAACUUUUGGGAAUUUGGUGGGUGAUAUUUAAUUUUAAUUGGACCAAAUUUGAUAGAAAAUUUAAAAAAUGUACUCCAUGAGAGUCUUCUUGCUGAGGUUCUCCUUGCUGGUGUUGGACGCAGUUAGCAGCACUUGACUGACUUUCUGGUGGCUGUUUUUGGAGAGCUUGGCUGGAUGCGUGGAUGGUUGGAUGGUUGGUUGGAUGGACGAGCAGACUGUUUCCCAAUCGCCAGUGAAAUGUUGAAUGUAUUUCCGGCACAGGCCAUCACAUUCCUGUCCGUCAUAAUAAAGAACAGUUAACUACCCA